AUACAGGAAGAACGAAGAAGCAAACGAAGCGUGCCGUUCCGCCAAAACUUUUGUUAAAAAGCUUCUCUAAUUCUAGCUCAAAUUGAAUUUUUUAUGUUAAAGCAAUAAAAAUGGUUACAACCACAGAAACUAUCACCAUGGACACUCAAGGGAAUACCGCUCUGCUACCAGAUCUAAAGUUGCGUCCGAUAAAUUGCGAAUUGAAUCCACUCACCCGUUCUGAUGGUUCCGCUUUAUUCACACAAGGAGGCACCUGUGUACUUACUUCCAUGCUUGGUCCUGUUGAAGUAAGAUCCCAGAACCUUAACAUAGAAAAGGCGCAUGUUGAAUGUAUUUACCGGCCCAAAGCAGGCAUACCGACGAUUGAAGAUAGAUUGAGGGAAAACGUUAUACGCGAUACUUGCGAGUCAGCUUUAUUAACUGUACUUCAUCCACGUACAACUAUUUCUAUCCAAAUACAGGAAUUGGAUGAUCGAUGUGGUUUAGAAGCUUGUGCAAUAAAUGGUGCCUGCUUGGCGUUGCUAAUUGGUGGUGUGCCCAUGAAAUUCAAUAUCGCUGCGAUACAUUGCAUUGUAGAUAAAGAUGACAAGGUAAUACUCGAUCCUGACCAUUGUGAGGCAAUCGGGAAACGAGCGAGCUUUAUAUUCGUUUUUGAUAGUUUGGAAAAGAACUUAGUGACAGUACACACGAGUGGUCGCUUUCGUAUGGCUCAAUUUAAUGACGCAGAAUGCAUGAGUCGUGCAGCUAGUCAAAUAAUAUUUAAUUUUUACCGGCGUAUUAUUUCAAAUUUCCAUAAUAAAUCAUUGCUGACAGCUGAUAGUAAAGCACGUAAUACAGAAGCGGAGCCAAUAGUCAAAUCAGAGCAAAUGGAUUUUUAGAAUUACUACAAAACAAAUUAAAAAAGCUCUCCCGUCCUUACUAUAAGCAGAAUUACAUAAUUAUGAUUGGUUUUAUUGGUGCCAAAGGACGUUAUUAACAGUUGAAACCGGAAAGACAGUAAAAUCAAGCCUGAGCUGCCACUAAAAGACGCAGUUACCUUCUACAAGCGAACAAGUUCACAC